UUGAAGAUGCUGGCGGUGAACCUCAAGGUCAUCGUCCUGGCACACUGGUUUCUUACAGUGUGGGGCUACAUGGUGCAGUGGUUACCCUCAUCCUAUGCCUGGGGGAACUUCACCAUUCUGGGCGUGGGGGUCUGGGCCAUUGCGCAGCGAGAUUCCGUCGAUGCCAUCCUCAUGUUCCUCACUGGCCUGCUCCUGACCAUCGUCACGGACAUACUGCACAUCAGCCUGUAUUACUCAGACAGGUCCCACCUGUCAGACACUGCACGCUUCAGCAUUGCCAUGGCCAUCCUCAGCCUCCUCCUGAAGCUGCUGUCCUGCUUCUUUGCCUACCAGACAUACCAAGAGUGCGGGGGGGGGGAAUACUCCUUAGGUUGCAUUGAUGUGGCGCUGAAUUAG